AUGGAUUCCAAUGUCGAUGCGAUAGAUAUCGAUGAUGAUGAUGACAACGAUGCUGGUAUACUCAGCAUCGCCAAUGACUGUCAAAGUGAGGACGAUGACACCCUCACUGGUGAAGACAACGUUCUUUUAGCAGUGCACACGAAGCGCACUGCUGUGAACAAGGAUAAAACAGCGGAGGAAUUUCUGCUGACUUGCGAAGCAAUGGUCCGUUUCGUCUAG